GACUCCGGGUUCUUCACGGCGGAGAGAGGAGACAAAGAUGGCGGCUCAGUGAGGCGCGGAGCGGGACGCCGGGCCAGGGACUAUAGCAUCACACACCGGGGCACCAGGGACCGCAGGACCGCGUCUACCCACCACACACCCCGACGCCGUGCUCCGCAGACCACGCCUGAUCGGACCUUCAACGGCUGAGAACCCGCAAACAAAGAUUAUCCCAGCCAAUUUGUUACCAUGAGAGGGAGAAGGGGCAGGCCGCCCAAAGCCCCGCCGGCCCAGGAGCAGCGGAGCCUGGCCCCGGUGCACGGCCUCAGACCCCGCAGGAACCUGAAGCCCCGGGCCCGGGACAGCGGGGACGAGGACACCGAGAGCCCCAAGAGGGAGAGGUCCAAGUCGACCCGGGGGAGGAAGCGGGGAGGCGCGGGGGGGGGGACAACACGGGGCCGGGGCCGAGGCAGGGGGGCAGGCCGCGGCAGAGGGAGAUGUUCGGCCGCCUCAAGGACCCUAGUGUACGACGACCACGAGAGUGAGGACGACGAGGACGACGCGGUCAGUCUCCGGUCAGAAGAGGAGGAGGUUGUCGAGGAGGACCCCGUGUCCGAGGAAGAGGCGGAGGAGGAGGAGGCCCUGAAGGAGGAGGUGGAGGGCUUGGAAGAUGUGCUGCUGGAGGAGGAUGAGGCUGUUGAUGGGGAUGACGGUGCCAGCCACUGCACGGAGAGCAGCGGCCACACCAGCACCCCGGGGAGGAGGAGACCCCGGGUCUCCCGGGCCCGCACCCCCCUCCUGGAGCAGAAGGAGGUGCCCCCCCUGGUGCUCCCGGAGAGCUCGGAUGACCUCCUGAUCCCCCGGAGGGAGCUCCUCAGCGUGGCCUCCGUCUACGAGGUGCUCCGCAGCUUCAGCGGUGUGCUGCGCCUCUCGCCGUUCCGCUUCGAGGACUUCUGCGCGGCGCUGGUCGGCGGGGAGCAGUGCACGCUGGUGGCCGAGACGCACAUCGCCCUCCUCAAGGCCAUCCUGCGCGAGGAGGACUCCUCCAACACCUCUUUCGGCCCCGCCGACCUCAAGGACUCGGUUAACUCCACGCUGUACUUCGUGGACGGCAUGACCUGGCCCGAGGCUGUGCGGGCGUACUGCGAGAGUGACGGCGAGUACCGCCACGUCCUGCCCUGGCAGGAAGGGGAGGAGUUUCCCUACGGGCCGCUGCAGAGCAAGGUGAAGGUGCUGCAGUUCCUCACGGACCAGUUCCUCACCACCAACAUGGCGAGGGAGGAGCUGAUGUCGGAGGGGGUGGUGAUCUCCGACGACCACUGCCGCGUGUGCCACCGGCUGGGCGACCUGCUGUGCUGCGAGACCUGCUCGGCCGUCUACCACCUGGAAUGCGUAAAGCUGGCCGCCGUGCCGGAGGACGAGUGGCAGUGCGAGAUCUGCGCGGCGCACCGCGUGGCCGGCGUCACGGACUGCGUGUCCGAGAUGCAGCGCAGCCGGCCAUACAUCCGGGCCGAGCCGGUGGGAUACGACCGGCACGAGAGGAAGUACUGGUUCCUGAACCGCCGGAUCAUAGUUGAGGAGGAGGGGGAGAAGGAGCAGAAGGAGGUGUGGUACUACAGCACCAGGCAGCAGCUUGAGGAGCUGAUGGAGGUGCUGGACGGGCAGUACUGGGAGGCGGACCUGUGCGCCGCCCUGGAGGAGGUGAAGGAGGAGGCGCACACGCACAUGGACGUCACCGACGAGCUCACUGGCAAGGCCCGGGGAAACAACAAGGCCUACCUCACCGCCGCCAACGAGAUUAUCACGGCGCGCCUGAAGCUGAAGCGAGAGGAGCAGGAGGCCAGGAAGAGAGCUGAGGAAGCAGAGAAGGCCAAACGAGAGUUGGAAUGCGCCCCAGAUAGAGCAGAAGGCUCCUCGCAGGCUGAGGAGCCGGGAGGAGAGGAGGUCUCGGGGUUGGAAGAUGUCUGUCCUACAGCGCCUCCUGCUGGAGAAGAGGACAGUAGCGACCCGACCCUUAACCCUGUCACGGACCCCUCAGACCCCUCGGACUCAGCCCAUGUUGACCCUGCCUCCAGUCAGGAGAACCUCGCCCCCUCUGGAGAGACCUCACAGGAAGAGACUGAUACGAGCGGGAAGGAGGAGGGCAGCGGGAAGGAGAAGAAGGUGGAGGGGCCCCUGCCCACUGAGGAGCAGACCAACGGGGCCCUCAGGGUGCCGGAGGGGCCUGACCUGACAGACCGAUCCUCCCAGUGGUCCUUCACCAGCAAGGACGGAUCAGAGGACGGAGUGAAGCUCUGUGGGGGAAGAGCAGCGUCCGGAGGACCCGGGUCUGUCGACCAAUCGCUGACCAGCAAUAAUGGGCCGUCCCUCCCCCUGUCCCUCCCACCGCCCCCGCCCUGCUCUGACUCCUCCCUGGCAAAGGAGCAGGCGGAGCUUCGGGCAAACGCGGCAAACCUGUUCCGCCUGGGCCAGGAGGGGAAGUACCGCGUGUACCACAACCAGUUCAGCACCAACGUGCUGGCGCUGAACAAGCACCAGCACCGUGAGGACCACGACAAGCGCCGCCACCUCAGCCACAAGUUCAGCCUCACCGCCGCCGCAGACUUCCGCUGGAACGGCUCCAUCCACGGCUCCCGCGUGUUGACGGUGUCCACGCUGCGGCUCACCAUCAUCCAGCUGGAGGGCAGUGUGCCCGGGCCCUUCAUGCACCCCAACUGGGCCGCGCACAGGUCCAACUGGAAUAAGGCGGUCCAGAUGUGCAGUAAGGCCCGUGAGUUCGCUCUGGCCCUCGCCAUCCUGGAGUGCGCCAUCAAGCCCGUGGUCAUGCUGCCCGUGUGGAAGGAGUCCCUUGGACACACCCGGCUGCACCGCAUGACGUCAAUGGAGCGUGAGGAGAAGGAGAAGAUGAAGAAGAGGGAGAAGAAGCUUGAGGACGAGGAGACGCUGCAGCAGGCCACCUGGGUCAAGUACACCUUCCCCGUCAAGCACCAGGUGUGGAAGCAGAAGGGGGAGGAGUACCGCGUGACGGGGUACGGGGGGUGGAGCUGGGUCAGCAAGACCCACGUCCCCCGCUUCCUGCCCCGGCUGCCCGGCAAUACCAACCCCAACUACCGCAAGGAGCUGGAGGCUAAAGCCAGACUAGAAGGAACAACGUCAGGCAGCAACAAGCAGGAAGACAAACCCACAACCCAGAGCAGCGGGGAGGACAAGAAGCCCCCACCCCGGGCCCACACUGCCGGGGAGAAGGAGGAACAGCAGCAGGAGGAGAAAAAAACCGAGGAGGAGACAGAAACUAAGAUGGAGGUCGUGUCCUCCAGUGGCACAAAAGAGGAGCAGCAGGGAGCCUCCUCGCCCCCCACCGCCGCGGCCGGGCAGCCGGUGAAGGAGGAGGUCAUUGAAACGGCCAUGGAGGGCCCCGUGGAGACGGCCACGAGCCCCAAGGAGGGCACAGUGGAGAGGACCGUCGAGGGCCCAACAGAGGGGGCUGUAGAGGGGGCCAUGGAGGGCCCAAUGCAGGGCCCCAUUGAGGGGGCUAUGGGAGGGUGCCCGACGGAGGUUCCAACGGAGGCUGCCACGGAGGGCCCCAGUCCCGUGGAGGGCCCCACAGAGGGGGCCAAGGAGGUCCCUGUGGACGAUGCCGGGCAGGGCCCCAAGCCCUUCUACCACGACGUGGUGAACGUCAGCGAGGGCUUCCAGCUGCGCACGGCCUACAAGAAGAAGGUGCGCCCGUCGCGUCUGGACGUGCUGCUGGAGCGCCGGGUCAAGCAGUUCACCCUGGAGGAGAAGCAGCGGCUGGAGCGCAUCAAGCAGGCCGCGCUGCUCGGCCGCUUCAGCAAGGCAAAGGCCGACGCCCCCGAGGGCCCGCCACCCGCGGCAACCCCCGCCCCCACCUCCACCCCCGCCACGGCGGAGGAUGCAAGCCCCCCGGGGAGGGAGGGGAGGGACAGCGCGGUGGUGAAGCGGCUGGAGUUCAACCAGGAGCAGACGGAGAGCCGGACGCGGACGUCAGGAGAGACGGACAACCUGGACGUGAGGUUAGGCUCCGCCCCGCCGGCCCCGCUGGCCCCGCCCAACAUGGAGCUGAACGGAGGGGUGCGGCCGGACGACGAGUCGGCCAAGCGCCCCCCUGCGGACGAGGAGGGGGAGGGGCCGCGGGUGGGCGAGAAUGGCAGGAAGCGUCUGCUGGGGGAGGAGUCAGAGGACUGGGGGUCAGGGGUCAAUGGGACGGCGGCCGACCCCCAGCCUAGCGCCAACGGGGGCGUCCGGCCGCAUGUCAACGGGACCGGAGCCCAGGACGGCAGCGUCCCUCCGCCCGCCAAGCUCCCCCGCCUGGAGAACCACCUGGGCAGGGGCGACGGUGUCGUCAUGGCGACCAGCAACAACCUGGGCGCCGCGCCCCCCGCCACCGUGGAGACUCCCCUGAAGACCGUCAGCCAGGUCACCACAAUCACCUCCGCCAUCACCACGGUGUCCACCACCUCCCACACCGUGGUCUCCGGGAACGGCGCGCCCGCCUCGGUCACCGUGGCGCGCUCGACGGCGCAGUGCAGCACCGUCACCGCCGUCUCCUCCGUCACCACGACGACGAGCACGGGCCGGAGCCACCACCGGACGGUGUCGACGCGGGUCAGCGGCUCCAUGACGCUCAGCAAGGAGUACUCGACCCGCGACCGCGUCAGCCUGUUGCGCUUCUCCCGCUGCCGCAAGGCACGCUCGGGCACGGCGCUGCCCUCCUACCGCAAGUUCGUCACCAAGAGCAGCAAGAAAAGCAUCUUCGUUCUGCCCAACGACCAGCUGCAGCGGCUGGCCCGCCGGGCAGGGCUCAGGGAGGUCCCCAUCUUCAGCUACACCGCUAAGCCCGCCCCCGACAUCUGGCCCUACCCCUCGCCCCGGCCCACCUUCGCCAUCACCUGGAGGUACCGUCUCCAGACGGUACGCUCGCUGGCCGGGGUCAGCCUCAUGCUCCGCCUGCUAUGGGCCUCUCUCCGCUGGGAUGACAUGGGGGUCAAGCCCCUCUCUGCCAUGGGGACCACCAGGAAAGAGACCACGGAGACGGACAUCAUCACAACGGAGAUCAUCAAGCGGCGGGACGUGGGGCCGUACGGGAUCCGCUCCGAGUACUGCAUCCGCAAGAUCAUCUGCCCGCUCAGCAUCAGGGACACGCCCAGCAAAGCAGAGACCCCCACCCCUCAGAGGAAGGGUCUGCGCUCCAGCGCUCUCAGACCCAGGAAGCCUGAACCCGCCAAGCAGACCGGCCCCGUCGCCGUGGAGACGUGGGUGACGGAGGAGGAGCUGGAGCUGUGGGAGAUCAGAGCCUUCGCUGAGCGGGUGGAGAAGGAGAAGUCCCAGGGCGUAGACCCCUCUAAGAUGGGGGGCAGUCUGAAGACGGCCGAGGAUGUGAAGGCUCACCUGGAGGCUCAGCUCAAACAGGCGCGGCUCGCUGCCCAGCAGAAACGUCUGGAGCAGCAGAAGGCCGGCCUCACCACCUCCAUCUCCUCCAUCACGGCCACCCCCCCCACCGCCUCCAUGGCCACCUCGCCCUCCUCCUCCUCCUCGUCCUCCUCCUCGUCCUCCUCAGCCCUGCGGGGGGCCGGGCUGACCCCCGGGGCCAAGCUGAUGCUGGCCUCAAAGCUCAGCUCCCCCGUGCCCUUCCAGAAGGACAAGGACCUCCACCAGUCCUUCGCCUCCUGGGUCAAGCAGGGGCAGGCCAGCCAGGCCGCCUCAGCCGGUAGAAGGGGAGUCUCGUCGGCCAGGGGCCCCGUCGCCCCCAGGGCUGGGCCGCUCCUCGCUGCUAAACCGCCGCUGGCCGCUAGCAGCGAGGACGAGGCGCCUGGCGUCCCCGCCGCGCCCGGAGCAGGGGGCGCUCAGGACGCGGUGGGGAUCUUCCCCUCCGGACCCCCGGCCAACCUGCGCACCUACAGCACUCUGCACCCCACCACGGGGAACCUCAACCUGAGGGCCUCCACACCGAAGAUCGUGGCGUCGUACCGCUCUCCGGUCCAGGCAGCCUUGCCCGGCGUCUCCGUGUCCGGAGGUCCAGUAGUGACCCAGCAAGGUUCCCCCGGGUCGAAUGCCGGCCCCGUGCAGACCGGCCUGAUCCAGAGAACGGCCCAGGCCCCGCCCCCCUCGGCCCCGCCCCCCAGCCCCCAGCCCGGCCGGCCCCAGCAGGGCCAGGUGAAGCUCACCAUGGCCCAGCUGCUGCAGCUCACCCAGGGGGCGCAGGCGGGGAACCCGGGCCUGACGGUGGUGAUCCAGGGCCAGGGUCAGACCCAGGGCCAGCUGCAGAUCCUCCCCCAGGGGGUCACCGUUAUCCCCGCCCCCGGCCAGCAGCUGAUGCAGGCCGCCAUGCCCAACGGGGAUGUCCAGCGCUUCCUCUUCACCCCCAUGGCCACCGGCGCCACGGCCCUGCCCCCCACCGAGACCUCGGCUCCUCCCCCCGCAGCCCCGAUCCCCUCAGCCCCACCAGCACCUGUCCGGGCCCCCUGCCCCGCCCUGACUCCCAACACAACCCAUGUCCCCUCCCCAACACAGGCGAUAGCCCCGCCCCUGGUGGCCCCUCACCCGGCCCAGGGCGGGGCCCCCACCGUACCCCAGACGCGGGUGCUCACCAGACCCCCGCCCCCCCCCAUGGAGUCCCCCCCGCCCAUCUACGCACAAACCCCGACCCCGGUCCCUGGACCCGGUUCAGCACAAGCUACGGCCCCGCCCCCCCCACGGCAGGUCUUCACCGCGGUCCCGCCCCCUGCUGUGUCCUACGCCACCCCCCUGACCCCUGCCCUCACUCAGGCGCCGGCGCCCCUGCAAACGCCCGUCGGAGCCCCCGCUGUCACGACGUUCCACACCUCCCCCCUGGCGGUCCCGGCCACUUUCCCAUCGGCGGUCCCGUUCCCUGUCCGGACGCAGCCCGGCCUCACGGCGCCCCUCGCUGUCCCCUCCCCUGCUCCGGCCGCACUGCAUGCCCACGCGGCCAAGCCCCUUUACGUUCCCGUGGCGGCGGCGGUUGUCACGCCAGUCACGGCCACGGCGACCACGCCCUCAGUGCCAGCGCUGGCGGAGCUCCGGAUGGCCCAGCCCUCCCGAGACGCGGGGGUCUGGACCCCAGCCCCUCCCCAGGCCCAGCCGGCCGCCUUCCCCACGCAGCCUCCCCCGCUGGCCCCUCUGUCCAGCCUCGGCAGCCUCCCUGCCCCUUCGUCAGCCAUCAACCACCCGGCCGCCUUCGCUUCCUCCCCCGUCAGCCCCCCGGCCCCGGCCCCGGCCCCGGUCCAGUCCCACCCGCUGGUCCAGCACGCCGCCCCCACACAGCUGCUCCUUCCCCAGAGUACGGUCUCCCCCAUGCACGCCCCCCCUCAGACUCUCCUGUCCUCGUCUGUGGUCUCCCAGGCCGCUGUGAGGCCGCCGCCCCCCCAGACUCAGGCCCAGCUCCGGCCUCCGAUUCAGGUCACACAAGCCCCGCCUCUGGCCCACAUGCAGACCAUCAGAGUCCAGAUCCAGCCCCAGUCCCAGGUGGCCACGCCCGCCCAGCAGACCUCUCCACUCCCAGCUCAGGCCCCCUCCCAGACCCAGCCUCAGGUAGUGUUCCAGAACCACCAGAACCUCUCGGCGGCCCCCCUCCAGCCCCGGCUGCAGCCCCAGUAUCACCCCCAGAUCCAGGUCCAGUUCCAGUCCCAGAACGCCGCCCCGCAAGGCAAGACCCACGCCAUCAUUCAGCACCAGCAGCAGAUCCACAUCCAGACGCAACAGCCCCUCCAGACGCAACCCCUCCAGACGCAACCCCUCCAAACACAAGCCCCCCAGCUUCAGCCCCACCUCCAGCCCCAGCAGCAGAUCCAGAUCCAGGCCCAGAUCCAGACACAACCCCUCCAGCAGCUCCAGCCACAAGCCCACCUCCAGCCCCAGCAACAGAUCCAGGUUCAGACUCACAUCCAGCCCCAGCAGCAUACGCUCCAAACACAACUCCAGCCCAAACAACAGAUCCAAGCCCACACACAGCCCCUACCACAGCAGGUCCAGACACAAGUCCUCCUCCAACCCAAGCAGCAGUUGCAGACGCAGCUUCUGCCCCAACAGCAGGUCCAAGGCCAGCUCCAGCAGGUCCAAGGCCAGCUCCAGCCGGUCCAAGGCCAGCUCCAGCCGGUCCAAGGCCAGCUCCAGCCGGUCCAAGGCCAGCUCCAGCCGGUCCAAGGCCAGCUCCAGCCGGUCCAAGGCCAGCUCCAGCCGGUCCAAGGCCAGCUCCAGCCGGUCCAAGGCCAGCUCCAGCAGGUCCAAGGCCAGCUCCAGCAGGUCCAGUUCCAGUCCCAGCCCCACAUCCAGGUGAUCCCCCAGACCCCCCAGCAGCAGGUGGCGGUCCAGCCCAAACUGCAAGUCCAGUUCCAGCAGCAGCAGCAGACCCAGAGCCCGCUGCAGGCCCCCCAGCUCCAGGUGCAGUCCCCCCUCCGGCACCAGCUUAUCAGCGUGCCGGGCCUCCAGCAGCCCGUCCAGCUGCUGUCCGCCCUGCCGCCACACGUAGCGGCCCAGAUCCAGGCCCAGAUCCAGGCCCAGAUGCAGGCCCAGGGCGGGGCGGUGCCCCAGCAGAUCAAGCUGCAGCUCCCAAUCCAGAUCCAGCAGCCGGGGGGGCAGGUCCAGACCCACCAGAUCCAGAACCUGGUGACCAUCCAGGCCCAGGCCAGCGUGGUCCCCAGCCCGGGGGAGCUGGGCCGGCUGCAGCACCAACCGCAGCCACAACAGAACCAGCUCAAUCAACAGCAGCAGAACCAGCUCCAUCAACCACAGCCGCCGCCCAAGAAGAAGAAGAACGAGAGCAAAAGGGAGCAGAGAGAGCAGGCCCUGCUAGGCUCCAGCCCCGCAGACAGCCUCAGCAAACAGGCGACGGUGAAGCAGACGGCCUCGGAGCAGCAGAAGCAGAGGAAGAGUCUGGCGGCGGCGGAGCGUGAGGAGAACCACAGGAUGAUGGUUUGCAACCAGGUGAUGAAGUUCAUCCUGGACAAGAUGGAGAAGGACGAGAAGCAGGCGGCUAAGAAGAGGAAGAAGGAGGAGGUGGUGGAGCAGAAGCGCUCCAAGCAGAACGCUACCAAGCUGACGGCGCUGCUGUACAAACACAAGGAGCAGCUGAAGGCCGAGAUCCUGAAGAAGAGGGCGCUGCUGGACAAGGAGCUGCAGCUGCAAGUACAGGACGAGCUGAAGCGGGACAUCGUCCGGCUGCAGAGGGAGAAGGAGAAAGCGCGGGCGGCCAUCACGCAGGCCGCCGCCGCCGUCGCCAAGGCAACGCCUCGCCCCGCCCACCCCCUGACGUCGCCCCCGCCCCCGUCUUCAUCACAACCCCCCGCCCACUCCUCCCACAAACGCAAGCGGGAGGAGGAGCGGAGCCGGGAGAGAGACAAGCACCGCGAGAAGAGCAAGAAGAGGGACAAGGAGAGGGAGAGAGACCGGCCCCCGGAGAGAGACCAGCCCCCGGAGAGAGACCGGCCCCUGGAGAGGGAGAGACCCCCCCCGGACAAGGAGAGACGCUUGGACAAGGAGAGGCCCGCGGAGAGGGAGAAGGAGAAAGACAGGCCCCCCGAGAGGGAGAGGGAGAGAGACAAGCAGCGGGAGAGACCGCGGGACAAGGAACGGGCGGAGCGGGACCCCCUGAAGCACAAGAAGAAGAAGGGACUCUCGGCCUCCAGGGACCACAAGAAGGAGGCCAAGCUGUACUGCCUCUGCAGGACGCCCUACGACGAGGCCAAGUUCUACAUCGGCUGCGACCUGUGCUCCAACUGGUUCCACGGCGUGUGCGUGGGCAUCACGGAGAAGGAGGCCAAGAAGUUGGAGGACUUUGUGUGUCCGGGCUGCAGGCGGGGCCAGCAGGGGGGCGCUGCUGCCGACACAGGAAGCUUUCCCGAGGCCGCAGGAAGUGGGACGGAGGCGGGAGACGGGCCCAAGGUGGGAAGCUGUCCAGAGACGGGAAGUGCUCAGGAGACAGGAAGUGCCCCCGAGAUCGUCGUCGUGGUGGAGGAAGUAGGCGGCGGCCAGGAGCUGUACUGCAUCUGCCGGACGCCAUACGACGAAACACAGUUUUACAUCGGCUGCGACCGCUGCCAGAACUGGUACCACGGCCGCUGCGUGGGCAUCCUGCAGAGCGAGGCCAACCACAUCGACGUGUACGUGUGUCCGCAGUGCCAGUCCACCGAGGACGACAUGACGGUGCUCACCCCGCUCACCGACAAGGACUACGAGGGGCUGCGCAGGAUCCUGCGCUCGCUGCAGACUCAUAAGAUGGCGUGGCCCUUCCUGGAGCCGGUGGACCCCAGCGACGCCCCCGACUACUACCGCGUCAUCAAGGAGCCAAUGGACCUGGCCACCAUGGAGGGCCGGCUGCAGCUCCGUCACUACCGCAAGCUGACAGAGUUUGUGGCGGACGUGACCAAAGUGUUCGACAACUGCCGCUACUACAACCCCAACGACUCGCCCUUCUUCCAGUGUGCCGAGGUCCUGGAGAGCUUCUUCGUCCAGAAGCUCAAGGGGUUCAAAGCCAGCAGGUCUCACAUCAACAAACCACAGCCCGCCACCACCGCUUAGAACACACACACACACACACACACACACACACACACACACACACACACACACACACACACACACACACACACACACACACACACACACACACACACACACACACACACACACACACACACACACACAGCAUAGAAAAAGCACUUGCCAAGAAUGCAGCUUUUGACUGAACUUUGGUCCGGGCGGGGCGGCGAGAGUGUGGGGGGGGCCGUGCUCGCUGCCCCCCCCCCUCCCCUCACCUGUUCUUCCCGGGGAACGUCGGGAAUACCAGUCGUUGGGGCACGUUGGGGCCUCAGGAACUAUCUCAGAAGAAGAACGAAGAAAAGACAUUUAGAACAAAGACUCCUAAGGAGUUCUUUCAUUUCCAUGUAGUUUUCUUCUUUUUUAUGUUAUCACUUUGUUUUCUAUCAUUGACGGUUGGGAGGCGGGACUCCAUGCAGAGUCUAGCGGAACACGGAUGCUCAUUGGCUGUUGGACCCUGAAUAUGGCCCGCAGGUUUCCUAUUGGUUGCGCCUGGAAAGCUUAAUGACACGGAAACAUUGACUAAUAAAGAUAUGCUUUGCAGUAUGUUGAAGAAGACACUAUGUGUAUCUGAAGGUAUCAUGCCCUGUUUGUAUAAAAACAAAUGUCCCACUUUGAAUCUUCUUUUUUUUUGUAUUACCGUUGAAGAAUAUUGAUGUAUAUGGAACAUAAUAAACUGAAAUGUCCUAUC